AUGGCACCCGAAGCGCAUGAAAGACCGCGUGAGGUUGUGCGACUGUACUGCGGCAUGGGCAACCAUUUGCUGAAGCUGCCUAUUACCAAUGUAAAGGACCCAAAAAUUAUUCACUUUGCACGCUACUUAAACCCAGAACUGCGACACGAUACACCACUCUGCAGGGAUUUCUUCAAUAUCCUGGGAAGGCUCUACAGGUUCAAAAUAAAAAAUGCACUGAAGCAUAGAGAUGAGAAGAAGACGGCUACAAGCAUCUCGGACGUGAGCUCCAGUCAGCGACCGGAACUUACUUCCUCCUCGAACCCAAGCUCGACGACGUCCAACUCGAUCAUCUCGACGGCCACAACGGCGGCAGCUGUGGAAAAACGCAAGCACACCAAUCCGCCGCCAGCUGCACAACAGGAAUCGAACAGCUCAUAUGAGAGCGAUGACGACGAUCCCAAUUCGAAUCUGAGUCUGAAUGCGGUGAAUGGUACUCGGCUGCCGCACAUCCAGCCGAUCCCCAAACGACGGACGGUGCACCUGAACAAGGAGGCCAUGGCCAUAUACCUGGCCGGGACCUGGCCGAGACCACUGGAGGCUAAGACUAGGCUCAUAAUUAAUUAA